AUGGAGGCAUACCUCACGGAGGUACGCAAAAGGGAGAAGCAAUUCUCGAGCCUGGAACUGCAGCAUGUGCCCUGCGGCACAAACAAGGAAGCAGGCGAUAUCGCCAAGAGGGCAUCUAGCCGCCAGCCACAGGAGCCCGGCGUCUUCGAGGUGCUGCUCUUCAAGCCUUCAGCGGCCCCUCCGAUUGUAGAGUCGGCACCGCCUCAGGAGGAACUUCCCCCGCCAUCGACCUCAGGAGCCCCCGCCUGCGGCCCGACCUCAGGAGCGCGGCUGCUCCUCGCGCUCGAACCUCAGGAGGGGGGUUGGACCAAAGAAUUCAAGGCGUACCUGCUGCAAGGGACCCUGCCGGAGAAGGAGGAGGAUGUGGAACGCGUGGCACAGCGAGCUACAGCCUACUGCAUCCGGGACGGUGAGCUAUACCAAAAACGACCGAAUGAUGUUUCCUUGCGAUGCAUCUCCAGGGGGCAGGGAUGUGAACUGCUAGCUGACAUACACGGCGGAGAUUGCAGGCAUCACUCGUCGUCACGCACCCUGGUGGGCAAGGCGUUCCGCAGCGGAUUCCACUGGCCCACAGAACUCAACGACGCGACCGAGCUGGCUAUUAUGUCAAUGGCGACCACCCAAGCUGCGGAAGUUGCAGAUCUAAAGCAUAAACUUGAGUUAGCUGAUGAGGACAUUACUCUUAUUAACAGGCGGCUCAACGAGGCACAAGACGCGUUCUUGGACCUGCCGAAGAGUGUCUCCGAUGCGGCGCGGUUCUUCCAAGCAUAG